ACUCCAGGUGUUUGGAGAAGCAGUCGAUUCCAAAGGAGGACAUCUCAAAUUUUAAUUUAACUGUUAGUUCUCUUUUUUUGUCGUUUUCUACACAGUGCAGUCGCACCUACGUACAUAUAGAUAUUUACCUAUACACAUUUUCAAGGCAGACAUCAGUUGUUCUAACCACUAUCAAUUUUGUGUCUAAGGAACGAAAGUCUCAGCGUCCAUUAUUUCUAUUGUACAUUGUAUUUAAUGCAUAGUCAAGUUUUCAUUUCUCUUAGAUUCAAUGCAUUCUCAACCUAUUUCCUCUCGAAUUCAUCAACUUCUUUAAACAAGGUCACCUGCUGAAGAUCAGGAAACCAGUUUACCCAACAACUGCUAUGACAUUUAGGAUCAUUGUACAAGUGACGUGUCGAAAAUUUGGUAGAAUGGUUGGGGCGACCAUUUGCCUCUAUAUAAACUCGGCUAGGAUGAUCAAGCCAGAUCAGUUCUUUCCUCUUUCACAUCAUGAAGUCUCUGGUACUCGCCAUUGUCCUUUGCAUCAGUGCCUGCUUGGCUGAUGUAUCCCACAUCGUUGGCAAGCCUGUCGGCAUUCUUCAAGAUGAAAAGGACUUGCUACCAGAUGGUUCAUUUAACUUCCAAUACGAAACUGAAAAUGGAAUAAAGGCCAGUGCACAAGGAAAUUCAGAUGGCACUGUUGUGGGUAGUUUCCAAUGGAUCGCUCCUGACGGCACUCCUGUACACAUGACUUAUACUGCUGAUCAAAAUGGAUAUAAGGUCCACCCUAAUCCGUCAUCCAGUUCACAUCCAGUUCCUCAACCUAUUGUUAGCACUCUGGGAAACACUCAUCGUCCUUAAGAAAAGUUCAGAGAAUCUGAACAAUUCUAAACGAUCAUUGGCUGAUACAAUAUAGUGACUUAAUUAGAUUAUUCAUAAUAAAAAUACUAUUUAUAGUAAAA